CACCCGCAAGCUAAUGGCAUGAUCGAAAGAUGGCAUCGGUCGCUUAAAACAGCCAUAAAGUGCCACGAAACACAAAAUUGGGUGGGAGCACUUCCAGUCGUUUUACUUGGCCUGAGAUCCAGCUACAAAGAAGAUAUUAAAGCAUCCGCAGCAGAGUUGGUGUACGGUACCACGUUGAAGUUGCCCGGUGAAUACUUCGCUGCAGAGGAACCAACGGGAUGUCCACAAAUGUUUACCGAAAAAUUUCGGGAAUACAUGAGAGCAACCAGGGCAGUACCCACAGCACAUCACAUCAAGAAGAAGCCAUUUAUCCACAAAGAACUGGAAUCCAGCACACACGUAUUUGUACGGGUGGAUAGACGAAGGGGCCCAUUGGAACAGCCAUACGAAGGACCAUUCCCAGUUAUAACAAAACUUAACGAUUCUCUUUUUAAGAUCAACUACAAGGGACAGCCAACCACCAUCAACAUCGACAGGUUGAAGCCGGCAUUUAUCGAGGCUACAGACCCGCAGGAAGACCAACCGGAACCCGGACAAUCCAGCGCAGGUAUAGAGGCAUCCUACGCUCCAAAGAAAACCAAAGUUGUCAGAUUCGUGACAUAGUCACUCGGAGGGGAGUAUUGUGGCGGCAGCAACUGGACCGAAUCAACAGCGCCACCUACAACCAGAACCGAUGGGUUUCAGAACGCUUCCAACAUCAUCGUCCCGCCAAAAAGAGACUACUACUUCACUUGUCUCUUGACUGCCGCUCGAGCUAGUCAGUACCUGUGUAAUAGUUCAGAGAAUAAAGACUUUAUUAUAUAGAAGUAACCGCGUCCAUUUUAUAGCGUGUAAUAACUAGAACACCUAUACUACCUCCACCAUCGAAAAUUAGAGGCAGUC